AUGGGAGUGGGGGUGUCAGAGAACAGCCAGAUGCGCCAAGGUCCACCCACUUCCCCCGCGCUGCUGUAUAAAAGGGAGCGGUGGAGCGCAGCUCGGCAGUGGUUACCCCAGGCACACAAAGAAGGAGCUCUCGCUCCUGAGCGAGCCCUCAGGAAACCGUGCAAGUUCGGAUCGCUACUACCACAACAUUUGUCUCAGUGGAUUAUCCUCACUGUCAGGAGUUCAGCCAGAAUGAAAGUGGUUCACGUAGCCCUGCUCUAUCUCGGCUCUGUGACCUUCCUCGGGGUGGAUGCUGCUGCAAGGGUGGACGUUGCGACAGAGUUCAAAAGAAAAUGGACGAAAUGGGCACUGAGCCGAGCCAAGCGGGACGUGAAGCCUUCGGGCACGCUCCGAGGGCUGGGCCCCCCCCCCGCCGUGCAGCCCCUCAUACGGAGCCAGGACGUGAAGGAGGAUCCUCCUCUCUCGCAUCCCAGGUAAUUUCUAGUCCUCUCUGGGCUCGGACACUUGCUGAGGACAACGGAAAGUCUCAGGGUCCCCUUGUUUCCGGGUAUUUUGCUCCUUUUCGCUAUGGAUUUCCCAAGCCCCAGGGACAGGUCUUGCAGGGGCUACACAAAGCGCUGAAAGCAGCCUCCCACAUCCCUUUCCCCGCGCACUUCAGCUGGCGGGAGAUAGCAGCGCCUUUACUGUGAA